CGCCGCCGUCCGCCGCGGCUGUGGCCGCCGCGGCCAUGGCCCAGCGGGCGCCCAGGGGGCAGGGGCAGGACGAGGAGGAGGGAGCGGAGGAGGAGGCGGCGGCGAGGGGCAGCCAGGCGCGGGCCAGGAGCCACGCGGAGCCCGCAGCGAGCGGCGGCAGGAGCCAGGAGCGGCAUGAGAGGAAGCGGAAGAGGCAGGAGGCGCAGCAGCUGCAGAAGAUCCAGCACUUGGAGUCUUUCUAUGAGAAACCUCCCCCUGGGCUAAUUAAGGAGAAUGAAACAAAACCAGAAGACUGCAUACCUGAUGUACCAGGCAAUGAAAGCGCACGGGAAUUCCUGGCACAUGCCCCAACCAAAGGGCUUUGGAUGCCUUUGGGAAAAGAAGUCAAAGUUAUGCAGUGUUGGAGAUGUAAACGUUAUGGACACAGAACAGGAGAUAAGGAAUGCCCAUUCUUUAUUAAAGGCAAUCAGAAGUUGGAACAAUUUAGAGUAGCACAUGAAGAUCCAAUGUAUGAUAUAAUAAGGGAAAAUAAGCGUCAUGAAAAAGAAAAGAGGAUACAGCAACUGAAGCAGCUCCUGGAGGACUCUACCUCAGAAUCUGAUAGCAGUGAUGACAGUGAUGACGAUGAUGAAGAUGGCAGCAGCUCCACUUCCUCAGAACACAAACACAAGAAGAAAAAGAGAAAAAAGGAAAAGAAAAAGAAAGAAAAGAAGAAGAAGAAAAAGAGGAAGCAUAAAUCAUCCAAAUCUAAUGACAAGUCAGAAUCUGACUGACAGCAGUCACCUGCUGCAUGCUCAUUGACCUCUCUACUUGUGAACUGCGAGGAAAGAUCCAAAGAAUGAGGAGGAAAACACCAGAAAGGGCUUUAUUAAACUUGAAACAUACAUGUGUAUGCAUACAGCAUCCUACACUGGCAUCCUCUUCUGCCCCUCUGCAGCCAGAAAGAAGAAAGGUGCAUUGAACCAUAUCUUUGUGCUGUAAAACCCGUGCUGAGACUCGUCCAGCUUGGUCAGAUGGGGCCUCUGCAUUGCUGCCUGUGACCAGCAGCAGAAAGCAGCGACCACCAAGGGAUCACCGACAAACCUGUAGCAUUAGCAGUCUGUCUGUUGAAGUGUCUUUACUCCAUGAAGUUAUUUUAUCACAUACAAAGCCUCAUUGUACCAGGACUGCAGUUUGCACCAUGCAGAGCACUGAGGGUUCCCUUCCAGUGCUUGUAAUGAGCAGGUUGUACUGUAUUUUCUUCUGCGCGUACGUGCUGAACUUCUGUGUACUUAUCCUAAUAUUGGCAGCUAGGGAAAUAAAGAGUUCUGCUGCAGGAGACAAAA